CAAUGGCCGCUUUGGAUCGGCGAAACCUUAAUCUCGACGACUUUGUCGGAUUAAACUGGAGUUGUUGGGUAGACAGGGUGAAUAUUUUAUCGUCUGACGGUGGCUGUAAUGAGGACAGCAAAAAUGGGACGGACGGGCCCGAAACGAUGACCCUCAGGAAAGAAGACAUGAAUAUAUUUGGCCAUUGUCCAGCGCACGAUGAGUUUUUCCUGGUGGUGUGCAGCCACUGCGGCCUGGUGGUGAAGCCUCAGGCCUUCGAGAAGCACUGCGAGAGGUUGCACGGCCCCGUCAUGUGGAUGUGCGGCCAGCCGUCCGCCCUGGCUCCUCAGCUGCGACCUCCGUCCUCUUCGAGUGCUUCUCCUUGCGUGAGACGGCAGAAAGACGGCGGCGAUGUGUCCGCAGCGGUGUCACCCGGCCACCGGAGCAGGCCUUCAAAGGACCACAAGGAGACAGCGAGUUUAUCUUCAGUGAAGUUCUCGGAAAAGGAAAAGCCUCCUCUGCUCCACCCGCCCUCCUCCACGCCACAGCCCAGGGUUCCUCCGUGGCCCUCCGCACCGCCGCCUCCGAGCGACUCAUCAUCCUCCUCCUCCUCCUCCUCCUCCUCCUCCUCCUCCUCCUCCACCGCCGCUCCCCCGUCAGACAGGCUCUCUGUUCAGAAGUCGCCGGCCGGUCAGUCCACUGAGCCUCCCUGUUCUGUCCGUGGAAUGAGAACCUACAGUCGAACCAACAAAAGCCUCAACAAAAAAGAAAGUGAGCUGAACAAACUCUGCAGCGGUCUGGAUCCAGAAAAGAAGAAGCUGCCCGUCCGGCAGCUUAUAUGCAAUACGGAUUUGACCCAAGAGCAGCAGCAGAAGAAAGAGUCUGUCGAUGAGCAGAGAGCAGCCGCAGAACAGCUUCCCACCAAAUCCAAAGAGAAGCUCGCUAACAAUGUAGACGAGAAGAAGAGUCCUCAGGGUGGGAGCUGCAGCAUUCUCAGGUCAAAGACUCUGUCAGAAAGCUUUCCAGAGGGAAAAGGAGGCUCCGGUGUGGAGGUGGAGCUCAAACCAGCGUUCUCCUUCAGCCACAGCCUGCUGUCCAGCGAGGGCAGUGAGGAGGAGGAGGAGCAGGAGGAGGAAGCCGCAGACCUGCCCGCUACAGCCUGGCACCCCAAACCUCUCGGGCUCUGCACGUUCGGGUGUCGCACGCUGGGCUGCAGCAUCUUCACGUUCGACCGGCGUCUGCACCGCCUGCGCCUCGCCCUCAGCGCCAUGCUGGAGCGGCACGCCAACACACACGUGUGGAAAAAAAUGCCUCAAGUCUCGUCAGGUCUUCGGCCGCACCGCGUCUCGCCCCCGCUGGUCGGAGCGGCAGUCCGGCCGGGGGAGAAGCUCUCCGCCGGCUCCCGCUGCCUGCAGUCUACCUCAGUGGGACAACUGGAAACCAAAAGUCAUCACAACUCUCACAGCACCAAGCGGCCUUACUCCUCCUCCGCCGCCGCCGCCGCCGCCGCCGCCGUCAGGCCGCCUCCCGGUCGACGCUGCCACCUCGCCGGGAAACCGGGAAGCCCCCAGCCGAGGAAAGGAGGCGUGGAGGACAGACCGUCCAGGUACAUCAGGGAGCGGCCGCUUCACGAGAAGAGCCAGCCGCACGCCUUCUCCCCCUCCUCCUCCGAGGCGGCCCUCGGGAGUCCGCCGCGCGUCAAGAAGCCAUGCCGGCCGCUGUCCCUGAACCCCGCCGAGCGCUCCCCGCUGGCCGCGCCCGCGCGCUGCGCCCCCCGCGGCAGGAGGGCGCCGUCCGGAGCGCCGUGCAGAGUCCUGGGGUUCGACCACGGGCCGCUCGUUCAGAAGCGCAAAGGCAGCGGACCCCCGCUGCCCAGAACCCCCAAGUACAAAUGUCUGCCGUCCCCGUCGCGCUCCAGCAUCGAGGACGUCCUCGGCUGGGGUUUGGAGAAACGGGCGGACGUGUGAAGGAUGCCCCGGCUGAGCGCAGCACAGGAAGUACUGCUACAGGUCAGUUCUGUAUAAAGUCGAGCAGCUCUGGACGUUUAGCUGAACAUCUCUCUUUUCAAGCUGCUCUGGGAGAGAGGAGCCAGCGGACGGAUCGAUUUGUAAAUGUUGUUUACAUCCAGUGUGUGUAGCCGAUGAGGUCGGCCUUAAAGGGGCCGUUUAGGGAACAUUUUGCAUGAAUGUGUGUGAAUGUGUGUGAAUGUGUGUGCGGUCGGCACUCAGCGUGUUUACACAGUGUUGUUUCGGGGGUGUGUGAAGUAAGUUAUUCCACUCGAAAGGUGGCGUCACCGUUUCCAGGCUUCCGGCUGUUCUGUUACGGGUCAGAGUGAGUUCACAUGAUUGUUGAUCGGUGUCACGUCCCUUUAAAUCAUGGAGACCAAGCUCUGUUGUCUUUACACCUUGUUUUUUUUUUUUUUUCCUCACUGUUUAACAACCUUUUAUAUGCACAGCCGUUGUCAGGAAAACAUAUUUGUAUGCAAAUGAAUUUGUGUAUUUUUGCAAUUUUGUUUUUUUUGAAGCGUCCACAUGUUUCAGUUUAUUAUCUAUGUGAGAACAUAAAACAUACCUCAGUCUGCUCGUUAUGCUGCUAAAACUUUAAGGACAUUUUAUGGCAGAACAAUUAAAACACAGUUGAUCGGU